AACGCAUGAACUACGGCAGCAGCCGCCAAGAGGAGACAGAACGCGAGAGAGACUGGUACCGCUUCUGAGCCGGGGACAAGCUGCUGUCGGUGCUCCCCAUAAGAUCUUUAGAAGGAGAAGAGAAGCCGAGGCACAGCACAGGGACGGACACUCAAUAAGAAACACUAGAAGGGAGGUUUGCGGAAGAAAGCAAAAAGGAUCACUUUAUACCGGCAAACACUGCCUGCUGUACACACACACACACACACACACACACACACACACACAGAGACACACACCCCUUCAUGUUGUGGGAUUAAUGAGAGUAAAGAGAGACACCGGUGCGUAAAGUUGGUGAACUGAUCCGCCCGUUUCCACUGUGAACAUUAUUACUGUAUUUUCUUUUUCUUUUUUUUUUGGAGGAUCGCUCUGUUCCCGAGGUCCCGGAUCCAGCGUGGAUUUUAGAACCCAUCAUAGUGUCUUUGUCUGUGGAUGAGCGACGCUUGUCGGAUGGUUAGGUUUCUAGAGGAGCGCUGCUGGGAGACACUGGAAGGGUCCCUGUGAACGUGCCACAUGCGUGUGGAAGAUAUGGAUACGUUUUUGCUGUAGCCAAGAUUUGCCGCGGUUUUUAUUUAUUUAAUAUUUUUGACUUUUUUUUUUGACUGCGUGGGUGUUUGUUUUGUUAAUAAAAUAUUAAGAUUUUUUUUUUUUUUUUUUUUUUUUUAUUUUUUUUACUCUUAAACGACCGCAGAGAUUUUAAGACUCAUCGUGCGGAAUUACAACCAUGAACUUUGUUGUCAGUUUGGUACACAUCCUUUUGGCAGCGGUUCUUCACCUAUCCACUAUAAAGACUGCCAGCAUUAACAAGGGAGUGGAGAAGAGUAAAAAUGAGGUUAUCCCUCUCACAGAAGUCAUGACCAAGAGUAUGUGUCAGCCCAGGGAGGUGCUGGUGGACAUCUUCCAUGAGUAUCCGGGGGACACAGAACAUACCUACGCUCCUUCCUGCGUGGUCCUCAACCGCUGUGGAGGCUGCUGCAGUGACGAAGCAAUGGAGUGUGUACCCACGGAAACCAGCAAUGUCACGUUGCAGGUAAUGCAGAUUAGACCAAUGGUAUCGCAACAUAUGAUUCACUUAAGUUUCACAGAGCAUCAACAGUGUGACUGCAGACAAAAGCCAGAUGUUCAAGCAAAGAAAGAAUACCACUGUGCGCCUUGCUCAGAGAGAAGAAAGCGCUUCUUUGUGCAGGACCCUCUCACCUGUAAAUGUUCCUGCAAAUUCACACAAUUAGACUGCAAGUCCAGGCAACUUGAGUUAAACGAAAGAACUUGCAGAUGUGAUAAACCGAGGAGAUGAGACCAGCAACACUGUUAUGAAGGAAUUAUUUUCUUGGCACAGCACUUUGAAACCCGAGGAUGCAUUCCCUGCAAGGACACGAAACGACAACGCAAGACAGGACAUUCUUGGCGCAGAUCUUGCCACUGUCUGUUUUCUGCCUAAAGAUAUUAAUAUAUGUACAUAUACUAUAAGUACAUCGACAAUGUGUAUUGCUGCUACAUAAAAAAACACACUAUUUAAAGCGAAACGAAUGCGCCACUGGCGUGUGAAUGGGAAAAGCUUCAGUGGCGUUCUGCUCUUGGAUAGAACUGGUAAAAGAAAUCUGUUAUUUUUAUGUAACACUUCACUGGAUGCUGGUCUGCUGUGGAUAUGAAUAUCUUAAACAUUUCUUAGUAACAAAAAAAACUGGUGACUAUAACUUCAACGAGUGGUGCAGCAGAAGCCAAACUCACCUCCGAACUCUGACAGAAGAGACAAGGAGGAGACGGAAGGGAGGACGAGGAGGCGGAGGUGGAGGAACGCCUGUUGUACUUGAACUGAGCGGAAGGUCCAAGAACUGUUUCCAUCUGUGACAUGAUGUGAAGUUGUGUCUCCACUGUAUGGAUUGACUCCAGCUUGUGUGAGAACACAACUGACACAUUUCUCAGAGUUUCCUGAAGUGACUGUGGAUGCAGGUUUUGUGGCGUGAUGAUGGAUAAUGUGAAGAUGACCUUUCCUCAUAGAAGGAUUACGUGACGAUGGCAAGAACUAAACUAAAGCUUAGCUAAUUAAGUUAAGCAAGUACAACAAUUUUAGUCAAUGUUAAAAUUGUGUUAGGGUUAGGAUUAUAAACCAUCAGGGUUAUAGGUCAGAAACAAGUACGUGUUUCUGGUCCUUCCUCCUUUAUGUAACCUGUCCUUGGUGGAAAAAACAGAUGUCUUUCUUUUUGUGCACAGAGUUUAUUAUUUGCAUUUUAAGGUAUUUUGUUUCUUUUUACAAAAUGUCUUGAGACAAGGCUGUCUGAAGGGAUAUUACUAUAGGUAUAUAUGGAGACAAGAAGUGACAAGCUGAUCACAGAUAGGCACCUCACUGUAGAAAUCCUCAACCUUCCAGUUUUCUUAUUUAAUGGCUUUGUGUGUUCCAAAGAAAUAGUCAGGCAUCCACAACAGAGCAGUUUAUCAUAAACGAUCUGUAUAUACUUACUAGCUACCCCUUUGUCUAGUACACUACAUCUUAUUUAUAGAAUAUGUUCAGUAUUCUGAUAUUUAUAUGGCGUGUUAAGGUUAUUUGUACUCCUCAACUGUUCUCAGUCUGUCCAGAUAUUGAAUGGAGAACACGUAUGACUGUAGACUCUUUUAUUGUGGGGAAAAAGGACUGAAAGACAAUGCUUUGACAUUCCUGAUUUAAACUAAAGCUGUGUUUCUCACCAGCCGGAGGGGGAUCAUGGUUGGCCUGUUGAGCGAUAGUAACCGCAGCCACCGACGUGCGUGAAUGAAAUGCCAACACAGGUGUUUUUCAUUUUGGCCUGGGUCGAUUGACACAUGGUUUUGUACUUGUGGGCCCAAAGGCACAUCAUAUGGAGGACCGAAGGAGUUUCGUUUCUGCUGCUCAGCUCUGACGUAAUUUAGCGAAGACUGUCCAAUCAGACUGAGGCCUCUAGUCUGACGGUGGUAAACUGGCACAGUGUUUUCUCUGACUUUAACCAAGGCACUAACAUAACCUCCUCAUUCCCAUGUAUUACAUUGUUGUGUGGUUCAGUAGGAUACAGCCACGUACCACAAAUCAAACAUUUCCUUUAAUGCUAAACUGUUACCAUAUGAGAAAAAGACCUUCCUCAUUAAUGAGCCGUAAUGGAGAAAAAAAUAGAAAUACAUUUUAGUAAAGUUGCAAGGUAUAUAUUUAAUAGUGAAUAACAAAGCAACAAGUUUAAGUAAGACAAUGAAUAAAUACUAUACUGAUGAGAGAUAUGAGAAUAUAUAAAAUAAUUUGAAAUAAGUAAGGUCACCAUUUCACGAACUGCCGUGAGACCGGGUUGCAGCCUACAGUAGCUUAUUUUGAAUGUAUUACAGAUUGAUGUCCAGGAGCUGUGCUUUGACAGACGUCAGUCAGUCAAUUAUGUGAUAUUUUGAUUUUCUGGAGGCGAUUGGCUCUCAACAGUUAGUAUGUAUGUCAUUGAAAUAAUGUGUGCUCAAAUGAGUGAUUUUUACCCUUAAAUUCUUUAAGAGAACCCAAACAAACCAGACAAAUGCCAUAAAGUAACACUGUUAUAUUUUAUUAUUAGCUAAAACCUUUAAAUACAGUAUAUACAUGUAACUCAGUCAGAAAUCAAAUUCUUACAUUGACCACUGUUUAUUUCAGCAUGUGCGCACCCAACAGCCAAAGCUGACUGACUAA